GUCUAUUACUCACGCUAGCUGUCCAUUAUUCUAUAAAUAAACCGUCUGAAUCCUUCGAUGAGAUGCCAGCCCUUAACUCACUCCCAUUAUAACAUUUGGACCUUUGAUCUGGAUCCAGUCUGUAAUAAGGUCCUGGGUACGCUUCAGUCACGUUCUCGAGAGGCAAUCAGCGUGCACCCUGGGCCCCUCCUUGACUGAGGUGAAUCCCCGUGCCCGCCUGAGUUGGCUCUCUGAAGACUGUGGCUGCAGCGAAGGAGGAUCCUGCAGCCCCGAGUCUGAGGAGCUUCAGGCUUUAACAUGGAUUGACUUCUUCCUACAGGGCGAGACUCCUCCUCGCUUCCUGGCCCGGGAUCCAUAGAGAAAGGCAAUGGGAGGUCCCUCGUUCUCCUCCUCCUCCUCCUCCUCCUCCUGCCCAGUGUUAGGUCGCUGGCAACGCAGAUGUGCCGGGUAGACGAGCUGCCGAAAGGAGUGAUGAAGGUUUUUUCCGCUCCGGGCUAGGAGUCACGCCGCGGUCGGAGAACAGAACGGCUUCGGAGUCACAUCCAGCCAACCGGCUUUCCCCGUCCCCGACCGAAGCCGGGCUGAAGUAGCUGGAUGAUUGUGGUAUCGUGCCUGAUCAUCGCCUCCCUGCUCCGCCUCACCUGGGGCUUGGACUUUGUGUUUGGCCCUGCCAACCUCACCAUCUCAGUGGGUCUGAGUGCCCAGAUGCGAUGUCAGUUGAAGGGUGUCUCCAGAUGGCCCAGCAUCCAUUGGCUAAAAGAUGGCGAGGAGCUGUACAACGCUGAUUUCACCAGUGUGCCGCUCGGUGAGGAUGAGGUGCUGAGUGUCAUCAGGCUGAGCGGGGUACAGCAGACGGACAUGGGCUGGUACUGGUGCACGGUCAAUGUGAAAGGAGCUAACGUCAAUUCAAAGAAGGCCUUUUUAACAGUGGAAGGCUUGCCAUAUUUCACAAUCCAGCCACAGGAUAUAUACGUACUUAAAGAUGCACCCUUUAAUUUAACGUGUGCUGCAAAUGGUCGGCCAGAGCCAAUGGGGAUUUUAUGGAAGAACGUUGGGGUCUUAGUUGAAGAAAGAUGGAACGCAUCCUUUUCAAUACUCACUGUUAAAGGAAUUAAAAGCCAGACCACUUUCACUUGUGAAGCGCAUAAUGCAAAGGGAGUUGCCGUCUCCAGGACAGCGAGCGCCUAUGUCAAAGUUUCUCCAGACAAGCCCAGCAAGCUGAGGAUCGAUAACCAGACAUCCAACAGCGUCAGCGUCUCCUGGGCUGUCACCUUCAACGGCUUCUCAUCACUACACAACUGUACGGCUCAGGUUUUUGAUCCCAACAAGGUCAAUGCUAGCUCAAACACUAACAUAUCCUUUGAGGUGACUUUUUCUGUGCCGCCAUACAGCCACACAAUCGGAGAACUGAGUCCAUUUGCGACCUGUGGCGUUCGGAUCAGCUGUAGCAACGAGGUUGGGCCUUCAGGGUUCAGCGAGUGGAUGCACUUUCGGACGUCUGAAGGAGCUCCGAGUGCCUCACCAGGGAAUGUGACGUACUCCUACAAUGGCUCAUCGUUUGUGAUACAGUGGGACGAGAUAGCAGCAGGCGAUGUACAUGGCGUUCUUCUUGGAUAUGUGGUGGAAUGGAACAGGAAGGAGGGAAAACAGGAGAUCCCAGUCAAUGUGGGAACCCAAGCUAUCCUACGCCGCUUUGAUCCGUCCGGGAAGCAUUCGUUUCGGGUGUGUGCACGGACUGCAGGCGGCAGGGGCCCGUGGAGUGAACCAGUGCUUUUCUUAGGCCAGGAGCAAGAGUCCAGGAAUCAAAGGACACGGAUCUCAUGGGCACCUUUGAUCAUUGGCAUCCUGUGCGCAGUCAUAACUUUAAUCAGUGUGCUCCUUGUUGUCUACCACAUCCGGAAAAAGGAGCUGCAGUUUGGAGCUGCCUUUGCUCCCGUCCCUGCGUCCAAUGGAGUGGGCCAGGUGGUGCAGUACCGAGCAGGAAGAAGCUACAAUCGCAGGGGAGCAAUGCGCAUCGAGGCCACAUUUGACACUUUGGAAAUUAGUGAUGCUUUGAAGCAGAAGCUGGAAGACAUCUUCAUCCACGAGAAGCGCCUUGAACUGGGUCGGACGCUGGGAAGAGGAGAGUUUGGCUCGGUGAAGGAGGCGUACUUGAAGAUGGAGGAUGGGUCCACUCAAAAGUUGGCCGUGAAAAUGCUGAAAACUGAAAUCUGUGUACCUGGAGACAACGAGGAGUUCUUGCGAGAGGCAGCCUGCAUGAAGGAAUUCGACCACCCGAACAUCAUUAAGAUUAUUGGAGUGAGUCUCCAGAGUCGACCUCACCGGCGACUUCCUGUUCCCAUGGUCCUGCUGCCAUUCAUGAAGCAUGGAGACCUUCACACCUACCUUGUCCUGUCCAGGCUGGGAGACCAACCCGUUGAGAUUCCUUUUCAAAAACUGUUGAAUUUUAUGAUUGACAUUGCCAAGGGAAUGGAGUACCUGAGCAGCAAGAAUUUCAUCCACAGGGAUUUGGCUGCUCGCAACUGCAUGUUGGACGAAGACAUGCGUGUGUGUGUGGCCGACUUUGGCUUAUCUCGGAAGCUGUACAGUGGAGAUUACUAUAGACAAGGGAGCAUGAGCAAGCUGCCCGUCAAAUGGAUUGCACUGGAGAGUUUGGCAGAUAAUGUUUACACAGUUUACAGUGACGUGUGGUCAUUCGGGGUGACCAUGUGGGAAAUAGCAUCAAGAGGUCAGACUCCGUACCCAGGGGUUGAGAAUGCUGAGCUCUAUGACUACCUCAUAUCUGGGCAGAGAUUGAAGCAACCCCCAAACUGCAGCGAUAAGUUGUACCACCUGAUGUGCAGCUGCUGGCAUGUUGAACCCAAGCACAGGCCUACUUUUGAGUCUUUGAAAGAGUCACUGGAAAGCAUCUUCCAGGGCCUUUCCCCAGUCGUAGAGCAGCACCAGCAUUUCUACAUGAACCUACCGAAUGGGGCAGGCGCUUCCGAGUGCAAUCCUGAUUGCAGUAUCGCCUGCUGGCAAGUGGACCAACCAAGUUCGGACAAUAUGGAAGCCCCAGCUGUUUCAGACACUGCCGACUACCGUUACGUCACAGCUCCAAUGAGUUUGGUGGAAGACACAGAGGACAAUACAGCAAGUGAGGCAGAGGACUAUUUACAGGAUGGACAAGUGGAAGGGGAAGUCAUUAUCUGUCUUUGACAGCUGGAAAUCUGGGCAGUGGAAUAAUAAAUAAACUGAGAUCAAACCCAUCAGCUGUGCCUUGAUACGACACAUGGACUGAACUCCUGGAGCAAUGAUUCAAAUCCAAAAUGACUCUCAUGAUUCCGUUGUCAAUUGAAAUGAUCAGUUUAUUGAACAUGGAAUAUUGCUUACUGCAUAGUUUUCAUUGCAAAAUUUUUUUUAAUUUGAAUUAAAAGUGUUUUUUUUAAUGUCUGUUCUCUUUGGGUGGUUGAUUGAAGCUGUAAUGAUUUUAGCUGUUGAGUUAAUCCCUCAUAUUAAGUAAUGACCUCGUAUCUAUUCUCUCUCUGUCGCUCUCUCACUCUGCUGCCUGCCACGCUGCUAGCGUUUAGGGCAGCAAUGAAUGUCUUCCAUCUUUGGUGGUGUUCAGGGCUUCUUUCAUCAUGUCACUGGCUCAGUUUCCACUACUGUCAGUCAUGCAAGCCCCAGGUGGAGACUCUGGAAUAUCCUCACUCUCAGAUGUAGAAGGAUUCUUCAUUGCUGUUCCUGUAAUAGUUCUGUUUGGCCAAUCAGGGUUGUUGGCCCUGAGUUGAACCCCUCAAAACCUGGAGGAAUGAUGGUCUCUACCCUUUGACCUGUUUGGCAUGGGUGACUCUACCAGGAGCCAAAGCAUAAAGCCCUGACUCCAGCCAACGUUGAGGCAGGCAAGUCGCCAAACCCUAUGACAAGGUUGUGGUCCUCUUGGAGGGGCUUUGUAUCUGGCUCACUCAUUACACCAGUAUGUCAGCCAAGGGAUCCAGAGUGGGGGACCAAACGGUGAGCUAGGUGUGUGGCCAGAGUCAUGUUUUAGUUGGAUAAAGCUUGGGCUCGACCGCACUUGCAGUUCUGGUCACCCUGUUACAGGAAGGAUGUGGAGGCUUCGGAGAGGCUACAGAACAGGUUCACUUGGAUGUUGCAUGGAUUAAAAGGUAUGAGCUAUACCAAAGAGGUCGGGCAGACUUGCUUGGAUUAUUUUCUCUGGAGCAUCAGGAGAACUGAUAGAAGUUUAUUAAAUUAAUGAGAGGCGGAGACAGGGUGGAAAGAGUCUUUUUCCCCCCGGAGAAGAAAUGUCAAAUACCAGCGAGCAGAACUUUAAAUGCAGGGCUUUCCGCAGACCCCUUUCUUAAUGGUUUUGGGAACCCCUGCUUUAGGGUGAGAGAGAUGAAGUUUAAAGAGGAUGUUUAGGGGAAAUUUAUUUGAACACAGAGAGUGUCAGGUGCCUGGGAUGAGUUGUGGUGGCGGCAGAUAUGAUAGUGGUCUUCAGGAGGUUUUUGGAUAGACAGAGAAUGGAGGGAUAUGGAUGUUAUUUGCCAUCAUACUCCACACAGGCAUUGUAGACUGCACGGUCUCUUCCCACUCUGCACUCUUCUAUGUUCUGGAGAAUUUAUUAUACUGUCAUGUAA